AUGUCUUCUUCUAAAGAUUGGUUACAAGAAGUUCAAGUGUAUUCUUCUAAUUUAACUACAGGUGAAAGGAUUAUUUCUAAAUGUAAAAUUGAAUAUGCUUGGAAUCCUUCUAAGUGUUCUCACUGUAAAGUUUAUGUUCAUAAGGAUAUAAAUUGUGGAAUUUUAAUUGCUAAACAAAUGAAAAAAGAAGAGGAGAGAAGUAAAAUAGAGAAAGGAAAAGAAGGAGCUACUGUGGAUCUUAUGCAAGUGCUUCUUGCCAGUACUAAAGAAGUUAAGGAACAAAAUGAUGGGUUUGUUGAUGUGGUGAAGAAAACCAAAGGAAAUAAUGGAUUUUUUUUUUCAAAAGAAGCUACAGGGGAAAAAAACAGUUUUCAAGUCAGGGGCAUCAAGGGAAUUUCUCGAAAAAUGAAGGUUCAAGGGUUUUUGCUGGAAACCGCAAGCAGGGGAAAAAAGGGAAUUAUCCGAAAAUUGGAAAUUCUGGGGCUUCUGCUGGAAUUCGCUAUCAGGGGUAUAAUGGGAAUAAUCAGGAAAAUUUGGAAUUUCGUUUUGAUAGAGGUGGGAAGACAGGAGGGGGAAUGUUGGAAAAGUAACAAGGUUAUGGGAAAGAACAAGGAUGGGGGUGAUGUUUCGGAAGUCAAAGGGUUUGUGGGGAAUAAUUCUAUGAGUCGGCCUGACCAGGAAGCUAAAAAAUCAGAAGCAGGGGUGAAUUUUAAUGGUAGCAGGCAGGGCUAUAUUCCGAAAUCUGGGGCAGCUUUUAAAAUUUCUUCUAAUUUUGAUUUGGUUAAUCAUUCUAUGAUGGGUCAUGAUGCUGAGAAUUUUUUGUCUACCAAUAAAUUUGAAACUUUAAAGAAUUUGGAAGAUGAGAAUAAAUUUGUUUUCUCUAAAGGAGGUGUUGAUGAGGAUGAUCUUGCUUAUUUGGAUUCUGUGAAUCAGAUGGAUGUCAUUGGUAGCGUCCCUGUGUUUGACACUAAAAUGGAAGCUGGUGCUAAUGAUAUUUAA